GCAUCACACAGCAGUGCACAGCCUGCCGGGAAACAUGGGAAGAAGAAGAAGGAAGUCUGGGCAGAACCAGGACCUUUGACAGCCCGAACCCGUCCCGGUCCUGGUCCCGGUCCGCUCUGAUGCAUGUUCGCUCGUGAGUGUCCACGAGCGGCUUGGAUGUCUGCAUCCGCGCGCCUCAUCAGCGGACACGCGCGUCUCUGUGAGACGCGCUCACGAUGCCGCUCGCUCACGCGAACCAGGCCCAGCUGAUUCGGUCCAGUCAGAAGGACGAGUACUACCGAACGGUUCUGAGAAACAACGCGAAUGAAGCUGUUCAGACACUCGCAGGAUCCAGACUCUGGCUGGACUGGAGAAAGGAGGUGGAGCUUCUGUCUGACGUGGCUUACCUCAGCCUGACCACACUCUCAGGGUUUCAGACGUUGGGGGAGGAGUAUGUCAGCAUCGUGCAGGUGGACCCCUCCAAGCGGCAGGUCCCCUCCCGGACCAGGCGGAGCCUUUUCGUCCUGCUCCACGCCUUCCUUCCGUACCUGCUGGACAAGCUGCUGGUGUGUCUGGAGAACGAGCUGGAGGGCGGUCAGGACGGCCGGCGGCGGGGGGCGUCGCCUGGGUGGGGCCUAAGCUGCUGGCUGAGACUGUGGGUGCGGAGGGGGGUGGGGCUUCUGACGGAGGAGCAGAGGAGGGCGUGGCUUCCAGCCGUCAGCGUCGUACAGCAGACUGUGGCCCUCGUGCACCGCCUCCACACCGCCGUCUUCUACCUCAGCAGCUCCUUCUACCACCUGUCCAAGAGAGCGGCGGGAAUCAGCUACCUGCGGGUGGGGGGGCUGAGCGGGGACGACGCCUCCAUCAGGACCACCUACCGGCUGCUGGGGGCCGUUUCCCUCCUGCAGCUGCUCGGCAGUGUGGGUCUGCAGUGGGGCAGCUUCAGGCAGAGACAGAGGGCCCGGGAGGAGUGGAAGCUCUACCGGAGCCUCAGUCCUGAGCGCCUCCAGAGCUCCGCCCCCUCUGCCACCCGCUGCAUCCUGUGCCUGGAGGCCCGCAGGAACUCCACCUGCACGCCCUGCGGACACCUGUUCUGCUGGGAGUGCAUAACGGAGUGGUGCAACACCAAGGCCGAGUGUCCUCUGUGCCGGGAGAAGUUCCUCCCUCACAGGCUGGUGUUCCUCAGGAACUUCCUCUAGAGCAGCAGAACUCGCCUCACUCUGGGACCUGGACCGAGCCUCUGAACCCUCACAUGUUUGCUGAUGCUGACUGAGGAAAACCUGCUCUGAUUUAACAGCACUAAUCUGAUUUUUAACAGACGAAUGCUGUAAAUAUUCCAUUUGUUUUUAAUAACUUUAGUUUAAACAAUAAAGAGAUGUGAAAACA